UUGACCAACUCAAAAUGACUUUCAUGAUGAAGGCAUGUGCUUUUGGUGUGAAUGUUUUGGUUGAUGAGUCUUGUUUAUAUCAUUUAUCCUAUCGUUAUGGUAAUAAACAUAAUUGUUUUCAAGUGAAGAGAAGAAUAUGUGAAAAGCAACGACGUGCAUACGGAGUCUUUGCUUCCGUUUCAGAACAACAGAGUAACUUGUCCCUGCUUACUUACCAUAUUCGUCCUUUGCAGCGACACGAAAUAUUUCAGUUCACUCAUAUUUGUAAUGAGUGCUUUCAUGCUGUUCCUCGAUGGAAGUUGUUACUUCGACCAUUAUUCUUUGUGGAAACUUUUCUCGGUUUAUUGUUGUUACUGAAUAGAAAAGAAGCAGAAAAAUGUGUUGAAGAAGACGAAGUUUUGGUUGCACAAGAUGAGACAACGGGUAAUUUGGUUGGAGUUGUGCAGCUAUCGACGAUUCCACAAGGUUCACAAGUCUUUCAAGCUUUUUCCAGAGUUCAAAAAGGCAAAAUUCCUUAUGUUUAUAACUUGGCUGUUCUUCCUCAAGUGAGAAGACGUGGCAUUGGACGUGGUUUAUUACAAAAAUGUGAAGAAAUUGUUCGAGAACGUUGGAAAUAUAACAAAGUUGGACUUCAUUCCAUCGUUGUGAUCCAUUUUGGGUGAGUUUGUUAUGGAUGGCUAGAAGAAAUUAUUGGGAGAAGGA